CGCGCCGGGCCACCCCCCCCGCCCCAGCCGAGUCCCCUCAGGGGCGAUGCCGGCAGCGCCGCGGCGCCUCCUCCGAGCGCUCUCCAGCUCCACCUUCCGGAUGGGCGACUCGGGCUCCCGAUUACCGCAGAAGGAAGAAGCGCUCCCCGGCAGGAGCCAGCACGUCCCGGUGGCAGAUAAACAUCAUGUCAAUGGAAACAGAACGGUAGAACCUUUCCCAGAGGGAACACAGAUGGCUGUAUUUGGUAUGGGCUGUUUCUGGGGAGCUGAGAGGACAUUUUGGAGACAGAAGGGAGUCUACUCCACUCAGGUGGGUUACGCAGGAGGGUAUACUCCAAAUCCUACCUACAAAGAAGUCUGUUCAGGUAAAACUGGCCACACAGAGGCUGUACGAGUAGUAUAUCAGCCAGAAAACAUCAGCUUUGAGAAACUGCUCAAGGUCUUCUGGGAGAAUCAUGACCCGACACAAGGGAUGCGACAAGGUAAUGACUUUGGCACACAGUAUCGCUCGGCCAUCUACACGUUUUCUCAGGAACAGCUGGAAGCUGCCUUGAGAUCUAAGGAAGAAUAUCAAAAGGUAUUGACAGAGGGUGGUUUCGGUCCCAUCACAACAGAAAUCCGGGAGGCUCCAGAGUUUUAUUACGCCGAAGAUUACCACCAGCAGUACCUCAGUAAGAACCCCGGUGGAUACUGCGGCCUCGGGGGAACAGGGCUUUCCUGCCCUAUAGGGAUCAAGAAAUAGCCUGUGCUUACUCCACCACCUCCACUUUGUUUUAGGGAGUUGGAAAAAAAGCCGACAACCCUGCCAGGUGUUACAGUACGCCCACAGCAUCAGUGCAUAAAGAUCUGGGACCCUGUUGGGGUGGCUUUCCGUAAUUUGAGCAAUUCCCCAAUCACCGAAAUUAAAAGCCAAAGUGUAGGUAGAAAUUGCACCUGUGGCAAAUGCAGCUUCUUGCUCUUGAUUCUCACAGGGAGUUUCCUUGCAAUAUUGUAAUCUGGAGAGAAAAGAAACUUCUAAAAGUUUGGCUUGAAAUGCUGUUAAGAGGAUGAAUUAGGAGGUAGUUGCACCUGCUAACUGCUUUGCAUAGCUAAUGCCUUCAGACAUGUUUCUUUUCUUUGGGUUAAUGAUUUUGCUCAUGUUAUGAGACCUUUGACUUCUGGAGAUGGGGUUGGGCUCAUAUUAACUAUCACCACUCUGUAAUUUGGUGUCUUUGGGAAUGAUGAAUUUAUAGGAUUAGUAAUUCUCUUACAGUUCCACCUUCACAGCAACAUGUAAUAUCACCUGUAGUGCCUAUUUUCUGAAACAAUUUUAGCAAGAAAAAGUAAAAACUGUAAUGUGAUACUUCUUUUUGACAAUUCCAAAAACACAAAAAGAAAUCA